AUGAGUUUUGAAGGGAAGGUAGCACUGGUGACGGGUGGGACAAGUGGGAUUGGUGAGGAGUGUGUUCGACAGCUCAUCAACGAGAAGUGUCGAGUGAUUUUUAUCGGACGUCGCAAAGAAUUAGGUGAGCAUAUAGUUGCCGAUAUCACCGCCAAAGCUUCUGGUCAGAUAGAAUACAUCGAAUUCGACUUACUUGAGUUUAAAAAAUACGACGAGUUGGUCAAACAAAUAACAGAGAAGUAUCAUCGCCUUGACUUGUUAGUAAAUAACGCUGGUAAAGUGAUAUAUCAGACAUGCGAAUCAUUAACAGAAGAGCAGUUUGAUGAGAUCUAUCAAACGAAUGUGAAGACCGUUUGGCUGAUGACUAAGAAGUUUCAUUCAUUAUUAGAACUCAGCAAAGGCUGUGUUGUUAACAUUGGGAGUGACGUUUCUAUUAAAGCAAAUAAGGAGUACUUUGGAUAUAGCGAUUCCAAAGCAUCAGUAGUCCACAUCACUAAGAUGAUGGCACUUGAAUACGCACCAGCAGUUAGGGUUAAUGCAGUGUGUCCAGGAGACACUUUCGUGCUUAGAUGGACUAGCGACGAACAAUUGGCGAUGAGAUUUGGGCCGGAACAUAUUCACAACCCUAUUAUUAGACCACAACUCGUUCAACAACUGCAUGAGUCGAUUGAAAUCCCUUUGAAAAGGGUCGGAGAAGUCGAAGAAAUAGCAAACGCUGUCUUAUUCCUUGGAAGUUCAAAGGCGUCUUUUAUCACAGGAGUUGCACUUUUGGUCGAUGGAGGAGCGUCGCUUGUUUGA